AUGGCUGGUCGCUACCAUGUUUGGAAGAUGUGGAAACGUCUGCCACGUCGGCGUUGGUGGGUUCGGCCCGUGAAUCGACCGCGCGUGGCCCACGGCUUCUACAAUAACCUCUUCACUGAGCUGAUGACCACCGACCAUGAGGAAUUUUUUGACCUAUUCCGCAUGUCACCAGAACAAUUUAAUUUAUUGGUAAAUUUUGUUCAUCCCUUCCUUGAAAAACACAGCAUUCGGACUCCAUUACCAACUAAGCUUCGUCUUGCGGUGACUCUCAUGUUCUUUUCUCAAGGCAUUACAGCUAAACUCCAACAUGCUGAAUACCGUAUUGGACGAUCAACUGUGUUCCAAAUAAUCCACGAGACAAGCCGGGCAAUUUGGGAAGCACUGCAACCCACUGUUCUCAAAUUUCCUGACAAAGAAGAGUGGAAAAAAAUAGCGGAUGGUUUUCAGCAAAAGUGGCAGUUUCCUAAUUGCAUUAGUGCGAUGGAUGGAAAACACAUGCGAAUCAAGGCUCCUCCGAAUUCUGGAUCUAACUGGUACAAUUACAAAGGUUUUUUCAGCAUGGUUUUACUUGCUACCUGUGAUGCAAAUUACAAAUUUACUUGGAUUGACAUAGGUCAAUAUGGUUCAAUUAGUGAUGGUGGAGUUUGGUCCAACCCUGACUUAGCUGCAGACCUGGAAGCCAAUAGAAUGAAUCUCCCUGAUCCAACACCAUUGCAGGGAAUGAAUGUGCCAUUCCCUUACUUUUUUGUUGGUGAUGAAGCAUUUCCACUGACAAAAUACAUGAUGCGCCCAUAUCCAAAAAGAGAAUUGACAGAUGAAAAGCGCAUAUUUAAUUAUAGACUCUCUCGUGCCAGGCGGACCAUUGAAAAUAGUUUUGGAAUUUUGGCUGCUAGGUGGCUGCUUUUGCAAAAGCCACUUUCAAUGAGUCCUGAUAAUUUAGAAGCUGUUUUCAAGGCUUUAGUCUGUCUCCACAACUUUCUGAUGAUGUCAGAAGAAAUGAAGAAUGCUGCGGAUAGAAUGUAUGCUCCAGCUGAUUUUGUUGAUGUUGAGCGACCAGAUGGCACUGUCACAGAGGGGCGUUGGAGGGAAGUUAUUUCUCCCUACUUUCAAGACCUCGGCCGAGCUGGAGGAAACAGAUCUAAUCACAUUGCAGUCGGCAUGAGAGAUUACCUUCAAGCCUACAUCAACUCGGAGCUUGGCUACGAUCAAUGCCAAUGGCAAGCCCGAAGAGCAUUGCGGGGCCAUGAUUUGAACAUGGAGCAGUAA